AGAGACGCCCGCGUGCUCGAUUCCGAUUGGCUGCCGGUCAUCGGCCAAUGGAAGUUCACCAUGUGUCUGGGGUGUCUUUUUAGUGUGCUCUCUUGCGGCGCUCGUCAGACCGGGUCGGCAGAUUCUUUUAAUAUCGCGCUCCGCGUGUUUCUGGAAUUCUUCCUUGUUUGAGAUUCAGCCACAAACACGUCAACAUGAAGCAGAUCAUCGUUCUCAUCGCUUGCUUCACCAUCGCAUUUGGAAAGGAUUAUUUCGUCGAGAGGUUCGAAGAUGGAGGCUUGUGAUGCAUGGGAGAGUAGAUGGGUGCAAUCUGAGGCUAAGAGUGAUUAUGGAAAGUUCGUCUUGACAGCAGGGAAGUUCUAUGGCUGUGCAAAAAAAGAUAAGGGCAUCCAGACAUCACAAGAUGCAAGGUUCUAUGCCAUCUCGUCUAAGUUCCCCGAACCUUUCAGCAACAAAGACAAGAACCUUGUGAUCCAGUUCACUGUGAAGCAUGAGCAAGGAAUUGACUGUGGUGGUGGCUACCUCAAAGUCUUUGACUGCUCAGUCAACCAGAAGAAACUUGAUGGGGAUAGUCCCUAUUUGGUCAUGUUCGGACCAGACAUCUGUGGCCCUAUGACAAGGAAGGUGCACGUGAUCUUCUCCUACAAGGGCAAGAAUCUCCUUACAAAGAAGUCCAUUUCCUGCAUGGAUGACAAGUACACCCACCUCUACACUCUUGUUGUGAAGCCAGACAACACAUAUGAGGUGUAUGUUGAUGCAGAGAAGAAAGAAUCAGGUGAGCUUGAGGGAGAUUGGGAUUUCUUGCCACCGAAGAAGAUCAAGGACCCAGAAGCAAAGAAACCAGAAGAUUGGGAUGACCGUCGGACCAUUGAUGAUCCAGAUGACAAGAAGCCUGAUGACUGGGAGAAGCCAGAGCAUAUUCCAGACCCAGAUGCCACAAAGCCUGAAGAUUGGGAUGAUGAAAUGGAUGGAGAAUGGGAGCCUCCCAUGAUUGACAACCCUGAGUACAAGGGAGAGUGGAAGCCAAGGCAGAUUGACAACCCGAACUACAAGGGAGAAUGGAUCCACCCAAUGAUUGAUAACCCUGACUAUUCCCCUGACUCAAAUUUGUACCUGAGGGAAGAGGUCUGUGCACUUGGCCUUGACCUGUGGCAAGUGAAAUCUGGCACCAUCUUUGACAACUUCCUUGUCUCUGACGAUCCCGAAGAGGCUCUUCGUGUUGGCAAGGAGAUGCUGGAGGAGACCAAGAAGGGAGAGAAGGAGAUGCAUGAUGCACAGGAAGAGGAGGAGAAGAAGAAGCGAGAUGCAGAGUCAAAGGCAUCAAAGGAGAAUGAGAAUGAGGAUGAAGAUGAUGAGGAGGAAGAUGAAGCAUUGGAUGAUGAUGCUGCAGACAAGCAUGAUGAAUUGUAGAGAAUGGGAAACAGGACUGAUGGUUUGGGAGUGACUGUUGGCCGGCAGUGAUGUGUGAUAUGCUGUAGGCUUAGAUGUGAGCGUGAGCACUCUUACUUUUUUCUGCUGGUCUCAUGUUAUAAUUCAUCAACACACAUUCAUUCCGUUGUUCCCAUCUCUGUCUUGUGGUAUCCUCCAUCUAGCAGGCAUGCAAAUUUAAAAAAAGAUAUAAUUGCUUUCGGUGAAAAGCUCAAUCUAGAUUCCCCCAGUGAUGAUUCUGAAAUCUGUUGUGUUUGUGGAUUUUCUUUGAACUUCUUGGUGGUCCUCUUUUCAUGCCCCCCAAAAGUGCUGUGAUGUACCAUUUCCUAAGUUAUUUUUUACUCAGAUUUCUUCUCUGGUGGGAAGUCGAGUGAGGAAUACAAACAAAAGGACAUUGUUA